UCAGAAUCAGCUAAUCUGCAACUAUUUCAGAGCCAAUAUUUCAUUUCUGAAGCCAAGGUAGACCAAUUCAAGGAUGACAUUCAACAUCAAACUAGUGAAUUCUUUAUAGUAGACUCAACAAUAUCGAGUGCUUGUAUAGAGAACUGGACUACAGCCAAAGCUGUGGACAAUGAUGAAAUUACUGUGUUUGAUCAGACUGGGAUUUUUCUUUUAGCAUAUCAUUACAGGCUUAUUGAGUGUGUAGCUGAGAUGAAGCAUAGUAGUGAACUUCUUGCCAUAGUUAAUAGACUGCUUAAUGUCUGCAGCGUGGAUCAGGCUAUCAGAUACGACAUUGCAUGUUCAUUUUGCAAAACAAUUGCAACAAGUUCUAUCGGAGCCAAGGUAGCUGAGCUAAAUCUACAGAAUGUUAUAAAUACCUUCCAUGGCUUUUCUCAUGACUGCCACUAUCAGCUUCAAAAUCACCCUUUAUAUCUCAAUGGCCUAAGACUUGAAGACCUUAAGACUUAUGAAUACAUCUUCACUAGUUUAAACAGUGUUGUAGUUUUGAUCAGACAUGUGUCAUACUUCCAUUGGAUGCAGUUCCUUGACCUCCACUUUAAUCAGUGGAAUAUGAACAGAUACUUUGACCUCAGUAUGUCUUUUUGA